AUGUCUGCGGGUAGUGACUCUACACACUCAUCGCCGUCGGGUGAUCUGCCAUCGGCAUCAUACGAUGGCAGUCACUUACCAUGGAGAACAUUCCGACAAGAAGUGUUGGCCCCUCAUCGCAUCCGAGUGCUAGAGAGCCCACCAAAAGAGCGGAUUCCGACAUCAUUCCUCAAGGUUGUCGAGGCCGCAAGUCAAGAUACCGCCCGCUUCGAGGAUCAAAAGAUGUCAUUUUGGAAUCAGGUCACGGCCGGCCGUGGCUUUGGGCCGUCACCAUUAUUUCCUCCUAAUCUUCUCCCUCCCAUCGAAGCAGAACCACGUCUUUCUCGUUGCAUGGUUCCUUCGUUUAGUCGCGAAGCCCUCCCCGAAAGAGCCAUCAACCAAAUGGGACCACUCUACGAACUUUCCGUCCCUCACCCUGGACUAGGAUGUGGCUUCUCGGCCGCGGCGUUCACCAACAAGGAGUUGGCGUCUCUGCCGCAGUGGCUUCAAGCUUCUGGCACGAUCGUCCACUUCGACACGGGCUAUAUUUCGGCCGGAGCAACGAUGUACUGUUCGUUCCUCACGUUUGAACGCGCGUACGGCAACAAAGAACAUCGAGUGGAAUCGGCUAACAAUCAAUGCGCUAUCGCCGGGGCUUUCUCCGCUCGAGCCUUGCAAAUGCUAUAUACCAAAGCGUGGAAAGGUCAAAUGAUGCCAGAACUCCCCGUCGCUUUCUCAUGCACCAUCGACAACAGCUUUGCCCUGCUCAAUCUCCACUGGAUCGACCAUGGCCAAGCGUAUUGUAUGGCUCCUCUCUGUCAAUUCGAUCUCAGCAAAGACAUCCAUUUCAACAAGUUCUUGGUCUGGACCCAAGCCAUAGGCGAUUGGGCCCUUUCGCACGUCCUCCCUCUCGUCAAACAAGCUCUCGAGCGACUUCAAACAUCCCAUGUCAUCGCCUCGAGCCCUCAAGCCCCAGAUCAGCCUACCAAACUCCGGCUCGAUACUGGAGUGAACAAAGACGAACUCCUAAUCUCGUCGUUGAAGACCACCUUCGAAAAUAUACCCUGGCGCUUUGAGGACGAUGAAUUCACACCGGUGAGCAGCAGCACCGCCAGCUGGGGCAGUCCAAUGGUCUCAGACUUGGUCUUCUCCAAUCUGAGUUACCCUCCCGUACGUCCUCCUCGGAGCAACAGUCAUAUUUCGGGAGUUGCCCGGAAACAUGUCGAACGCAUCGAUACCAAACCCGUCACUCCACCACCAGACUACCUUCAAAACCAAGACAUGGUCUCGCAGAAACGCUUCAAUCAUGCCAUGGACGAAAUUCGCGAACUCCAGCAACAGAUCCAAGCUUUGAAGGCGGAAGUCGUUACCUCUCAGUCUUCCCUCCGCGAUGAACUGACCAUGAUCAAAUCCAAUUCAAGCUCGAGCGAGCCAACCACGCCACGAGUGUCGAAAUCGUCGACUCACCCUCCUGCCGUGACAUCAUUUCCCGUAAGCUCCAUCGCCAUUUCGAUCUGCACCACCAUUAUCCUCUCUGGCCACAUUCUGACCACGUCCAUUCCCGGCAUAACGGUUCGAAUGAUUGCGCUUGGAUGCAUUACGAAUGCGUGUAUAUGGACGUUUAUCAGCCCUCGUUUCUCACAAGUCAGUCCGAGGGCAAAGAUAUCAUUGCCUUCUUUGUGGCGACCGUAA